AUGGUUUCUCCACACAACAACAAGCCUUCUUCUGCUAUUAUCUCUUCAUUUCCAGAAACAAUAAUUUAUUCUUCUCCAUCAUCAAAACCCCCCUUCCAUCAUACGUUACCGAUGCAGGUUUUGACACAGCCUAACAUAAACCAUUCCUCACGUGAUCUCAACUCGUCCUCUAAAACACAUCAUCCAUGUUCCUACUACGUUCCUUCUUUCCCAUCGCUGCCCAAAGAAUUUUUACAAUGGAUGAACUCCCUCAACAGGCCAGAUUUUGGAAAACACCGAAUAACGCCUCAACGCUCAAGCCAAACAACCAUCUAUCUUUCCAAAAUUGUUUUAUGCUUCUGGUUGACGCUGUUUGUAUUGUUGAUAUAUUCUAUUUUCAAUAAUUUUCAUUUAUCGUCUUCAACCCAACAAGAGUGUCAUCAUGGCUUUGUAUUGGGACAGACUUCGCAAUGCUCAGUGCGAAAAUUUUACAAACGAUUUUUCAAUUCUUCACAAGCAAAACAUUUACCCACGAAUCUAACCUGCAAAGUGUACAAAAGAAACGUAACGCAACCGAAUGAAAAUCAAUCAGAAGGCCAUCCAAAAUACAUUGUAAUGUUUCAUGAAUACAUGAAUGCCACAAGGCAUGAAGAAUACAUAAGAAUCUUACUGGAUGGUGUUCGCUCUGGGUACAAAGUUAUUCACAGAGAUAAUGCAGCUACAAGGUUUUUUGACACAGAUUUUGCUCUUGUCGAGUUUGAAAACAUUACACUGAAAGAAAAGCUCGAAAACAAAACCAAGUUUGUAAAGUACAUUGUGAAACAACACGAAUAUCAUAACAUGAUCAACAAUGAACGGAAAUUACUGUCGACACAUCAUGAUGAAAUAGAAAGUAUUCACGAGGAUGAAGAAGAAUCGAGUUCUCUUCUAAAUACUAUUGGAAAACUCUUUACUCACUGGACUACGGAGGAUGCGUAUGCAGAACAUCACCACAAAAGAAAGCUUUGCAACCAUCCUAAUCGCCACUAUACUGAUGUGACAGACAAAUUGAAUGCCCACGUAUUAUGGGAAAAAGGAAUUUUAGGCCAAAAUGUACGUGUGGCCGUGUUUGAUACUGGAUUAAGCACUAAGCGAUCUGAGUCUUUCUCUCAUAUUGAAGAUAUGAUUAAUUAUACAACAGAGGAUUCUGUGAAUGAUGAACUUGGUCACGGAACAUUUAUUAGUGGAGUUAUUGGUGCCAAACACUCACAAAGCUCCAAAGCCAUUCCACAGAACGUUAACACUACGAAUAUUCCAGAUACAACCACUACUGGAGCGAAAAACCCCUCACAGUCAGGAUGUCAGGGCUUAGCACCUGAAGCAUCAUUAUUCGUUUUUAAAGUAUUCACCAGCAAACAAGUGUCAUAUACAUCAUGGUUCCUUGAUGCCUUCAAUUAUGCAAUGAAAUCUGGAAUUCAGAUUUUAAAUCUGAGUAUUGGCGGACCAGAUUACUUGGAUAUUCCUUUUAUUGACAAAGUGAGAGAACUUACAGCCAAUGGUAUCAUCAUAAUCUCUGCAAUCGGUAAUGAUGGCCCAUUAUACGGCACUUUAAACAAUCCUGCUGAUCUGGCAAACGUGAUUGGUGUUGGAGGAAUCGACGAUAAUGACAACAUUGCAAAAUUUAGCAGUAGGGGUGUGACUACAUACGAAUUGCGAUUUAAAAACGGCUAUGGAAGAGUUAAACCCGAUAUAGUCACCAUGUCUUUCAAGCUUAGAGGUCUUGGUCUAAAUCAUGUUGGCACAUUUGGGUCAUGCCAUUCAAUACUAUCAGGAACCAGUGUAGCUAGUCCCGUUGUUGCUGGAGCUGUAACAUUGCUAGCCAGCAGCGCCUUAGCCGACAACAAACUAGAACUGCCAUCUAACACUGACAGCAAUGACUUAACUAUUCGGGCCAACCUUGACAAAUUUUCCCUUCCUAAAAAUUCCUUAUUACCUUUGAUUAAUCCAGCAAGCAUCAAACAGAUCCUUAUAGAAUCGGCUCAACCUGUUCAUCAUGCCAACAUUUUUGAACAAGGAGCUGGAAAAUUAAAUUUGGAAAAAGCAUACGAGCUCUUACAAGAUUACUUACAGAAAGGUAAACCAAAGGCAACAUUUUAUCCAAAUGAACUCGAUCUUACGGCGUGCCCAUAUAUGUGGCCAUUCUGCUCUCAGCCUCUCUACCAUACAGCAAUGCCUUUGGUUUUUAACGUUACAAUUUUGAAUGCAAUGAGUGCUUCAGGAAGAGUUAUGGGUGACCCUGUAUUCGUUCCAGGUAGAUAUGGUGAAUUUCUUGACGUAACCUUUACAUAUCCCAAAGUUAUGUGGCCUUAUUCUGGUUGGCUUGGCGUCCAUAUCAGUGUUAGAAGUUCUGCUAGAUUUUUCAAUGGCUAUUGUGAAGGUACUAUCAAAAUGAAAAUCAUGUCUCCACCUCUCGGUAUUGGAAAAGACGGAGAUGAAAUGCAGAUUAGCGAAAUGGAGUUGAAAGUUAAGGUUAAAGUUAUUCAACCUCCUUUACGUCAACAAAGAAUACUUUGGGACCAAUAUCAUAAUUUACAAUAUCCACCAGGUUAUGUUCCAAGGGAUAAUCUUGCAAACAAGGAUGAAAUUUUAGAUUGGAACGGAGAUCACAUUCAUACAAACUUUAGAGACAUGUACAUUUAUUUGAGAAAUAAGGGAUAUUAUGUGGAAAUUUUAACAAAUGAUCUCACAGAGUUUGAUGCAAGCAAGUAUGGUACAUUGAUGAUCGUUGAUCCAGAAGAAGAGUUUACUGAAACUGAGAGAGAAAAGCUCAAGGAUGAUGUUCAACUACACGGCUUGUCUGUUGUGGUUUUUGCUGAUUGGUACAGCGUACCUAUUAUGAAACACAUCAAGUUCUUUGAUGACAAUACUAAUACUGUUUGGACUCCAAUUACUGGUGGAUCAAAUUUACCAGCACUUAACGCAUUAUUAGAUCCUUUCAAUAUUGUUUUUGGUACAAGAGUGUAUGAAGGUGAAAUUACAGUUGGCAAAGAAAAAGCCACCUACGCCUCUGGUGCAAGUAUAAUUAAAUUCCCAGAGGAGGGCAUGUUAGCAUCAUUCCAACUCAAGGACCAAGGAAUUGAAAUUCUCAGUGGAAAUAAGCAAAAUGGAAGGAAACAUUUAUUGAGUGAUUUAAGUGGAGGCAACUCUAUACAUAAGGUACCAGUGCUCGGAUUUACGCAGUCUGGUAAAGGCAGGCUUGCAGUGUUUGGUGAUUCCAAUUGUCUAGACUCUGCAGGAAAUCCUCACUAUAAUUGUUUCUGGCUUCUCGAUCAAAUGCUGCAAUUUACUUCACAAAAUAAGAUGAGCGAAGAAUUUAAAAAGGAUGCAAAUUUGAAGACCUUGUCUCAUCUCUUUGUAUCACAAAGCAGUGCACUUCCUGAGAGAAUGACAGGAAAUGAAUUGCACUUGUAUUCGAAGGUGCCACUUGAACAAUACAUUGAUGCUAGACCAAUCAAUGGCAGCAAUACCUAUAUUGGUAGAAGAGUUAGAAAUUCCAAUUAUGACGAAGAGAGUCAAAUGAUUAUUGAUGAAGAUCAAGACACCAGUCCAUUUAUUGCAAAUCUUCAUCUUAGAGUUAUUCUUCCAAUAUUCUUCAUGAUUGUUUGCUUGGUAUUCUUAAUCUAUUUAUCAGUUUCGAGAAGAAAGACCAUGAAUUCUGUUGUUUUCAAUGAUAAAAGACAUACCGUGUAA